AUGGCCUCUGAGGUGGUGUGCGGGCUGGUCUUCAGGCUACUGCUCCCAAUGUGUCUUGCAGCUGCUUGCCUGUUCAGGUAUAAUGGCCUGUCCUUCGUCUACCUCAUUUAUCUCCUGCUCAUCCCCCUCUUCGCAGAGCCCACAAGCACAACAAUGCAAGGCCACACAGGGCGUCUGCUGCAGUCCCUCUGCUUCACCAGUAUGUCCUUCCUGCUGCUCCACAUCAUCUAUCAGAUUACCGUCAACAGCCUGAUGUCCGGGGACUCUAUCACAUCGGACUUCAACUGUUCCAAGUGGGAGAAAUCCAUAAGACAAUUUGGCUUUGAGAGUGUGAUUGGUGCAGAUGCAGGGAAUGGCAUCCGAGUGUUCAUCCCUGACAUCGGCAUGUUUGUGGCCGGCUUGGCCAUCUGGCUGCUGUGUCGCAGUCUGGUCCAGAAGAGGCCGCGUGAGGACAUGGCCCAGUACAACGCCGACUUCGAAGCCGAGGAACAAGAAGAAGAGGAGAAGCUGAGCCUUGAAGACGAUGUCCUGCUAGAGGAGGACUUUGAAGCGGGGUACGAGGCCGAGGAGGAGGAAGAAGAAGAGGAGGAGCUUGACGAGGAGGAAGAGGAAGAAGAGGAGGAAGAGGAGGAGGAGGAGAAAAAGGAGAGCACCAAGAGGAAGAUCCUACGAUUUGUGGCUGAGGUUGCAUCCAAAGUGAAGGAGAUUAUCGGGAACUUGAUUUUGACUGCGGGGAAGGUGGUAGUCACCAUCUUGUUGGGCAUGGCAGGUAUCAUGCUGCCCUCAUUGACCUCGUCCGUCUACUUCUUCAUCUUCCUGUUCCUGUGCACCUGGUGGUCCCUCUGUCGGACCUUCGACACACUCAUCUUCAGCUGCAUGUGUGUCCUGAUGGCCAUCUUUAGUGGUGGACAUCUCAUUGUCCUCUACCUCUAUCAGUUCCAGUUCUUCCAGGAGUCCAUACCACCAGAUGAUUAUUACAUCAGUAUAUUUGGCAUCUCCCCCAUUGUUCAGAGCAACUGCUCCUACACAUGGAAGCUCAUUGUGCACCCGGAGCGUAAGUGGUACCACUUUAUCAAUCCCAUCAUCCUGCUGAUUCUCUACUACACCCUGGCCACGCUCAUCCGCCUCUGGCUGCAGGAACCCAUCGACCAGCUGACGGACGAUAAGGAUGGCGAUAUGUGCGAGGAGGAAGAUCUGGAUGGAAACAGAACAAAUAACUCCGCCAACAGGAAGAGGCAGCUGUGGUGGGAAUCCCGCCAAGGCACAGAUGAGAAAAACCUCCUCUCCACUCAGGAUGGGUUCAGUACAACUGAGGCUGUGCCCACCUCCAACGGGACGUCCUUUGACUUUCUCACAACUGAGAAUGGACCUGUCUGUCUGGACUUGUAUUCUACCCCUCAGUAUAAAAUGGACCAGCCCAGUGACGUAACAGAAAAGAAGGAAGAGUGCGUGUAUGAGGUGUGUUUCCCCCCGGAGGAUUUGCCGUUGGACGAAGGAGAGGAGAAGUCCGAGGGAGGAGAGGAUGUGUUGAAGAAGAGAGGAGUCAGUGCGAUGGUCAAAAUCUUCCACUUCGUCAUGAAACAGAGCUACAUCUGUGCUCUCAUAGCCAUGAUGGUGUGGAGCAUCACAUACGUCAGCUGGCUGACGUUUGUCUUCCUCCUCUGGUCUUGCGUGCUGUGGAUGGUGAAGGACAGGAGGCGUUACGCCAUGCUGUCCUCCCCCUUCAUGGUGGCCUACGGCAACCUGCUGAUAGUUCUGCAGUACAUUUGGAGUUUUGAGAUCAUGGAUCAUUCCAAAGUUCUCGGGUUCUUUGUCAAGAAGGACAACCCCUUUCACUCUCUUUCAUCCAAGGUCCUGUGUCUCCUGAGCUUCUGGCUGCUGCUAAGACAAACGCUGACAGAGAGACAGGAAAAACUCAAGGAAGAUAGCGCUGGUCUCUCAGAUGUUUAUGUGGAGGAUCAGAUGAAGAAGGAGGAAGAGGACUCUGAGGAGGGAGGCGAGCAAGACAUGAUGCAGGUUUUGGGCAACAUAGUCAUGGCUCUGCUGGUGAAAUACUGGAUCUACAUCUGUGGUGGCAUGUUUUUCAUUGUCAGCUUCGAGGGAACAAUUGUCAUGUACAAGAUCAUCUACAUGAUGAUGUUCCUCUCCUGUGUGGCGCUCUACCAGGUGCACUAUGAGUGGUGGCGAAGGGCCCUGAAGUACUUUUGGAUGUCGGUGGUGAUGUACACCAUGCUGGUCCUCAUCCUGGUCUACACCUUCCAGUUUGACAGCAAUACCUUCUGGACCGAAACGUUGAAAAUGGAAACAAAGAGCUUGGAAGACAUGGGCCUGAAGACGUUCACUGCUGCCGAUCUGUUUACCAGGAUUUUAAUUCCCACGUCUUUCCUGUUGGUGUGUAUUCUCCACCUGCACUACUUCCACAACCGCUUCCUCCAGCUCACCGAUCUCCAGGCUGUAGUGGCCAAAGAAGAAAGCACUAUCUACAGACUUGUGCACCAGGAUGGCAGCCUGGCAGACCUCACCAUGCUCAGCGCCAACUCGGGGGAGCCAACACUGUCCAGAGAGGAGCAGGAGGAGCAGGGAGAGUGGGAGAAGGAGAAGGACCAGGCCCUGCUGGUGAUGUAUGACACUGACAUGACUGGCGAGAAGCCCAGGAGUAUCUCUGACCCACGGAAGUCCAGCACAGAGGACAGCCAACCCUGCAGUGCGGGGACGGAGCCGGAGCCAAGCACCGAGCAGAGCUCAGAUCUGAAGAACAAAUGGCACCUGGUGGUCGACCGUCUGACUGUGCUCUUCCUCAAGUUCCUUGAAUAUUUCAACAAACUGCAGCUGUUCAUCUGGUGGUUACUGGAGAUCCACAUCAUCAAGAUCGUGUCCUGCUACAUUGUCCUGGUCUCUGUCAAAGAGGUGUCUUUGUUCAACUAUGUGUUCCUGGCAUCAUGGGCCUUUGCACUGCCCUUCAGCCAGUACCGUCCCCUUGCCUCCAGUGUUUGCACUGUCUGGACGUGUGUCAUCAUCGUAUGUAAAAUGCUGUACCAGCUGAAGACUAUAAAGCCCGAUUCCUACUCGAAGAGCUGCUCUAUGCCAGUAACCUACACAGCAAACCAGAGUAAUGUGAUGAAGGAGUCUCUGCUGUAUAAAGGACCAGUGGAUCCAGCCAACUGGGUCGGCCUGGACAAGUCUCUUGACCUUCUGGGCUAUCUCAGGAACAACCUCUUGAUGCUGGCUCUGUUGGCGUUCGAAGUGACGAUUUAUCGCCAUCAGGAAUACUUCAGAUUGAGAAACAAACUGUCGCCUCCCGCUGCCAGGAUUAUCUUCCACGGCAUCACACGGCAGCAUCUGGACAUAGGCAUCGUCAGCUUCAUCAAAUACUUCAUCAACUACUUCUUCUACAAGUUUGGACUUGAGACGUGCCUGCUGUUGGGGGUCAAUGUUAUCGGGCAGCGUAUGGACUUCUUCGCCAUGCUUCACGCCUUUGCCUUGAUCAUAGUCAUGUAUAGACGCAGGAGGAAAGCCAUCGCUGAGAUCUGGCCCAAGUACUGCUUCUUCCUGGCCUGCAUGCUAACCAUUCAGUACUUUGUCUGCAUCGGGAUCCCACCAGCAGCCUGUAAAGACUAUCCCUGGAGGUUUCCCAACUCUUAUACAGACUCCAAAGUGGUCAAGUGGUUCUAUAUUCCAGAUUUCCUGACCCAACCCAAUCCAUCGUUCCUCAUCUAUGACUUCAUGUUGCUGCUGUGUGCCUCUCUCCAGAGGCAGGUCUUUGAUGAUGAAAACAAGGCGGCAGUUCGCAUCAUGGCUGGAGACAACGUGGAGAUCUGCAGAGAUCUGGACGCAGCCUCGUUCAGCGUCCACAACCCCGUCCCCGACUUCAUUCACUGCCGGUCCUACCUGGACAUGCUGAAGGUCAUCAUGUUUAGCUACCUGUUCUGGUUUGUCCUCACAAUCAUCUUCAUCACGGGGACCACGCGGAUCAGCAUCUUCUGUAUGGGCUACCUAGUGGCCUGCUUCUACUUCCUGCUCUUUGGUGGUGAGCUGUUGCUCAAACCAAUCAAAAAGAUCCUCCACUACUGGGACUUCCUGAUCGCCUACAAUAUCUUUGUAAUCACCAUGAAGAAUGUUUUGUCUAUCCUGGCUUGUGGCUACAUCGACUCUCUGAUUCGUAAACAAUGCGGGUUGGUCCAGUUGUUCAGUCUGGCCUGUACCAUCAAGGAAUACAACAUUGACAUCAUAGGAAACGAGAAGAUAUGUGAGCUGAACAGCAGCAAGGCCGGGAUCAUCUGGGACAGUAUCUGCUUUGCCUUCCUGCUGCUGCAGAGGCGUGUCUUCAUGAGCUACUACUUUCUCCACGUGGUGGCUGAUAUCAGAGCGUCGCAGAUCCUCGCGUGCAGAGGGGCGGAGCUUUUCCAGGCCACGAUAGUGAAGGCGGUGAGAGCGAGACUGGAGGAAGAGCGCAAAUCUGUGGAGCAGCUGAAGAGACAGAUGGAGCGCAUUAAGGUGAGGCAGCAAAAGUUUAAGAGGGGCAAGGAGAGGAUGCUGAGCAUUGUACAGGAGUCUGGCGACGGACCGACCCUCGUCCCCCCCGAGGAGGAUGAUGAUGACGGAGCACAGCGAACGAAAGCCAAGACCAAAAAAAAGCAGUGGUGGAGGCCGUGGGUUGACCAUGCUUCCAUGGUUAGAAGUGGAGACUAUUACUUGUUUGAAACUGACAGUGAGGAUGAGGAGGAGGAAGAAGAGGAGAAAAACGAUGAACAGCCAAAGAAGUCUGCGUUUCAGCGAGCUAUUGGAAAGUUUGUCUCUGCUCUUCUGGCCUUGCCCAAGUCUAUCAUUAAGCUGCCUAAAACUAUACUGCAGUAUUUAGUCAAGGCAGGCAAGUUUCUUUAUCACGCCUGGAUCACAGACCCCAAAGCGGCCCUCAGGGCACGAGGGAAAGAGAAACGCAAAUUUUGGAAAAAAUACACCAAAGGCGUUAGACACAGUAAAAAAAGCAAGACAAAUGGUAAUGUGACCGUAGAGAUUGGUGAGCUCUCAGAUGGGCAAGAAAAAGAGGAAGAGAACAAGACGUCUGGUGGUCCAGACAAUAUCAUCAAGCGAGUGUUCAACAUCAUAAAGUUCACCUGGGUGCUCUUCCAGACGAUGGUGGACAGCUUCACCAAGUGGAUGAAUGACAUGUGCAGGGAGUACAUCGACAUCUCUACCGUGCUGCGGAUAGAGCGAUGCAUGCUGACCAGAGAGGUCAAAAAGGGUAACGUGCCAUCUAGAGAGAGCAUCCACAUCUACUAUCAGAAGGCCAUGAGGCUCAACAUGUCCAGGCAGGCCAGUUUGGAUCAGCUAAGUGAGGACGAGUCGGCCUCGGGCUCCGCCAGGGUCCACAGAAGGCGAAGAGGCUACCCCAUGGAGAGCCAGGACUCCACAGCCUCCAGAGACAGCAUAUCCAGCGCCUUCACUGAGGCCACCACACUGUUUUCUCGCCAAUCCACCCUGGAAGACCUGGAUGGGAUGCCAGAGUGCAUUCCCAAAACCAGCGAGCGGGCCAGGCCCAAACUGCGUAAGAUGUACAGCUUGGACGUGUCCACUUCGUCAGUGGACAGCUGCAGCAGCUUCAUGUCCAGUGAAGCGACCCAGUGCGUCACACUCUACUCCAGACAGGGCACCACAGACACCAUAGAAGAAGUGGAGGAUGAGCACGAUCAAGGGGAAGACAAACGGCAGCAGCAGCAGCAGCAGCAGGUUCUCUGGGAAUCCCAACAGCUAGAUGAGAGUGAGGGGGCCGAGGGCGGUGGCUGGAGUGAUGCCGAACCAAAGGAGAAGAGUGAGGGCCAGGAGGGUGAGGAGGUACCAAAAGACCAGCUCAGAGAAAAGAGAGAAGAGGCUCCCUGGGAAUCCUUAGGCCCAGAUGAGGGCCCCUCUCUCAGGCUGGAGGAGACAAAGUCUGCCCCUUCUGGCCAGGAGAAAUACCUCACCGUUGAGAGUGAGGAUGGAGGAGAACAGCAGGACUUCAUGCAGGCAGAGGGGCGAGGAGGGCUGCUCUACACUCCCGAUACAGAUGCUUCUAAAACUUCUGACGCUGACGUGCCUCCCAGUUACAGCAAGGCCGUCAGCUUCGACCGCCUGGAAGUUAGCGAUGACGAGAGUGACAUGGACAGGAAGAGGCGCAUGGUGAUGACCUCUGACAGCCGCUCAGACAGCAGGUCAGACAUCAUGUUGCCCUCUAUGACCACUGAGCUGACCGCCAGCGAACUGCUGCUCAACAAGAUGUUUUAUGAUGAGGAGCUGGAGCGGUCGGAUAAAUUCUAUCAAAAACAGCCUCUGAUCCUCCAGCUCUGCUACGCCCUCUACAACAUGUUGGUGGCCAACUCUGAGAUGGUGUGCUACCUGGUCAUCAUCGUCAACCACAUGGUAUCGGCCUCCUGCAUCACCCUGGUCCUUCCCACCACCAUCUUCCUCUGGGCCAUGCUGUCAGUUCCCCGGCCCAGCAAGCGCUACUGGAUGACUGCCAUCGUCUACACUGAGGUCACCAUCGUCAUCAAGUACUUCUUCCAGUUUGGCUUCUUAGACUUAGACCACCACAACAGUGUUGAAAAGAGUAAACCAUAUUAUCCUCACAACAUCAUUGGAGUGGAGAAGAAGGAUAGCUACUUCCACUGCGACCUGGUCCAAUUACUGGCUCUCUUCUUCCACAGAUCCAUUCUGAAGUGCCACGGCCUUUGGGACGAGGACGACCCCAAAGAAAAGAGAGAGCCCUCUCGUCAGAGCGAGUCGGAGGACGAGGGGAAAGACAAGGGGAGUGAGAUGGGGUCUGAACACGCCUCCUCACUGAUGAGUGAGGGGAGAGGCUCCACUCACACCUUGAGAUCCAUGAACUUUGGGACCUCCAUUGAUUCAGGACAUGUCCAGGUGCACUACCCGCAACAGCAGACAUACCAGCGUCGGAAGAGCUCCAGCGGAGGUUCGCACAUUUCUCACCGAUCACUCCACACUUCUGCAAGGUCCAAGAGAGGAAGUACGACUUCCCGCAAAGGCAGCUACAGGGACGGCAGUGAGGCCGGCGUCGAUCAGAAGACCCGCAAACAGAUGAUCAUGGAGAAGCUGAGGGAGCAGCUCCUCAAAGGAAAAGCUGUCGUCUCAAAGCGGUUUAUGGAGAUCUACCUUCCCAUGAGGCAGUUCUUCUAUAACUUGAUCCACCCAGAGUACAGCGCAGUCACAGAUGUCUAUGUGCUGAUGUUCCUCGCUGACACAGUCGACUUCAUCAUCAUUGUGUUUGGAUUCUGGGCGUUUGGUAAACACUCAGCUGCAGACAUCACAUCGUCGCUGUCGGAGGAUCAGGUGCCGGGACCUUUCUUGGUCAUGGUUCUGAUCCAGUUUGGGACCAUGGUGGUGGACCGGGCUCUCUACCUCAGGAAGUCUGUCACGGGCAAAGUUAUCUUCCAGGUCCUCCUGGUCUUUGGCAUCCACUUCUGGAUGUUCUUUAUCCUGCCAGGAGUCACAGACAAGCGGUUCCAGGAGAACACAGUCGCUCAAAUGUGGUAUUUUGUCAAGUGCCUCUACUUCGGGCUGUCGGCUUAUCAGAUCCGUUGUGGUUAUCCCACCCGCGUUUUGGGAAACUUCCUCACCAAAAGCCAUAAUUAUGUCAACCUCUUCCUGUUUCAAGGUUUCCGCCUGGUGCCGUUCCUAACAGAGCUGCGAGCCGUGAUGGACUGGGUUUGGACUGACACCUCGCUGUCUCUGUCCAGCUGGAUCUGCGUGGAGGACAUCUAUGCUCACAUCUUUAUCCUCAAAUGCUGGAGAGAGUCUGAGAAGAGGUAUCCCCAGCCGCGAGGCCAGAAGAAGAAGAAGGUGGUGAAGUACGGGAUGGGAGGGAUGAUCAUAGUGCUGCUGAUCUGUAUCGUCUGGUUCCCGCUGCUCUUCAUGUCCCUUGUGAAGUCUGUAGCCGGAGCUGUCAACCCACCGCUGGAUGUGUCGUUUGAAAUCACCCUGGCUGGCUUUCAGCCCAUCUUCACCAUGAGUGCUCAGCAAAAGCAAUUGCAGAUCGUGACAGCAGAUGAAUAUAAAACUCUUUUGAGCAAUUAUGACAGCGAUGACGCCUUGCAGUGGCUGGAGGGCUACUUGGCGGAGGACCUGAUCAUUGCAGAUCUUAAAGGCAACUCCAACUCUCUGUGGACUAUUAGUCCACCCAGCAGAUCCAACCUAAUAGACAUGUUGGGGACUGAGGAGGAAUUCCCCAUCACUGUGUCCUGGUUCGUGCAAAGAAACCUCACUUUUGGUGCCAAGGCUGAAAUCGCGUCAGGAAAACGGGUGACAAAUCUAAACAAUGUUACAAAGCAGCAGCUCGCAGCGCUGCUGAAUGGGAAAGGAGGCCAAUCACAUGUGGUGCUUGAAGAUAUCUUUCCUUGUUUUAUUCGAGCUCCCAGUGACUCAGAUGCCAAGUCUGUUGAUCAUCUUUAUAAAGAUAAAAAGAUGUUGGACAUAACCUUGACCUUGGAGAGAGAUUCGGAUGUCAAGGAUCAGGUCCAGGAAUGGUGGAUUGUCAACCAGACGAAACAGGGCCCGUUAAAAAAUAAGGAAAUCAAAACAGGCUUGGAGCUCUACGUAUUUAGCGACAAAGUCAGCCCGCCCAGUUUGGGCUUUCUGGCGGGAUAUGGGAUCAUGGGCCUGUAUGCCUCUGUGGUUCUGGUCAUAGGCAAGUUUGUGCGCGAGUUUUUCAGCGGCAUCUCCCACACCAUCAUGUUCGAGGAGCUGCACGUGGACCGCAUCCACAAACUGUGCACGGAUUUCCUGGUCCGAGAGACGGGCGAGCUGGACCUGGAAGAGGACAUGUACGCCAAACUUAUCUUCCUCUACCGCUCUCCAGAGACUAUGAUCAAGUGGACCAGAGAGAAAACUCAGUAACACGUCGAGGAGACGUAGACUAAAGAAGGUCGGAGCUCAUUCGGAAGUGAUCGCUCGGAUGGUGCGAGCAGCUAUUUCAGCAGCGUUUCAUCUGCUGAGGGGGCACAAAGUCCGCUGAGGAUCGACUCUGUCCUGUUCCACAGAGCUCUGAUGGCAGAGAUACAGCACUAGCGCCACACUUGAGUUAUAAACUGGUAUUUUCUACUAUUAACUGACGAAAAAACAACUAUUGCAGUCAUAUUAUGAACAAUUAAGAACAGAUUUGCUGUAUUUAUCUUGCGAAACCUGGCUCAGUUUGGCAUCCAGUGGAUAAAACAAGCAGCUGGCGUCCAGUCGGAGACGGAGAAAUCUUUAUGGACAAUUCUCUUAAGUUAUUUAAAGUCGUAUCUCUAACAUAAAGGUAUGUUUGUAAACACAAAUGCCCAGAACCCUCAUCGCUCUUCAUGCCUGUCUCUAACAUUUUCAAAGUCGCAUGACAGGCGGAGAGAAACUGUCUGCAACGUUUAUCUUUAAGGGCUUCCCAUCAACAAAUAAGUGCACAAUAAUGACCACAUGAGCACAAUCUCAUAUUGUCUCCCAACUGGAACACUUGGACUGCAAUAUCGAGCUCUCACUCCUCCCAGGUUUUUGAAAAAUGUGCGCCGAGGGAAAACGCCAAGAAACUUGAACAUAAAGACCACUUUCUUUGUGUGUAAAGGUCAGAGGUCACAUGGGAGCCUCAUGUGAGACACAACGCAGAAUACAUUAUCAGACAAUCUUUACUUGCCUUAUUUUGUUUUGUAUGAGGAGAACUGUUAUCGACUACAUGCAUAUCUUUCUCAGGAAGAGCUCUUUUCACAGAUAUAUUUAUUGUAUGAGUUAUAUGUUACAAUAUGUAGGCUUUGAUGGAUCUAAAAGAAUUGAAAGAUGAGAACUAUUUAAAUGGCAUGCAUUUUAUUGUGGAUAUUGUUUAUAGGGACUGACACUGAGUAUGUUUACUGCACAAGGAAACGAUUUAAGGCUGAAUUACAAAGUCAAUUUAACGCUGUGGACUGUUUUCCUCGUAAUUGCCAAUAAUCCAUGUUCGGAGUCAUCUACAGGUUGGCAAGAGUCGAGACCAGCAGAGGUCUAUUUUUGAAUCAGGGUAACAUGCAUUAGGUGGUAGAUUCUUGCACAUCACUUGAGAACCUUCUUGCUGUUUUUAACAUUCAUACUUAUGAACACUGUGGCGCGUUGUGUGCAUUCAGUCGUCAAAGUAGAAACGAGCAGACACAAAAACAGAUUCCUCACACGAAGGGCUGAAACACGAAGCCCUUUGGUCCGAGCUAUGCAUUAGAGGACAUUGUAGCAUGAUAGAAAAAACUUCAUUAUUGCCAUGACUAAUUUUAAUUACAUGUACAUACAAGUUUAAGGGGGACAGGUCACGGUGGAAUGAAAUGUGAAAUUGUACCUGUAUGUUUAAGGUGAUGUGGUAUGAUAGA